AAAAAUGGAAAUUGUUCGUUCUAGAAAGAAGAAAGAAAAAAGGGAGAGUGAAGUGAUACCCUCUACUGAUCUAAAUAAACCUGAUGGUGGAAUUUCUACCUCAUUUGAUAAUAGAAAUAUGUUAGUGGUAUUGAAUAAAGUUGAAUAUCUCCCAGCAAUGAUGACUCUUGUACAAUUAUUACAACCUCCCGUUUCUUCAGUUCCGGAAUCUUCUGAAAAAAAAGAUAAAGUAGUUCCAAGAUCAAAUCCUUUGACUGUAAAUGUUUUACGACUUAUUGAAUUAACACAACGUAUCUCUGCUGUGAUGAAAUUUCACGAAACUGAAGAAACAACAUUACAUGAUCCGAUUAUGAAUAUUUUCCGUUCAUUUGGACAAUUAAAUUUAAUUAAGGUUAAAGCUAAUCUUGCU